AUGGCUGCAGAUGGGGGUCAGGAUCUGAUUACACUCACUACUGACAAGCUUUCUGCUGAUGGUGUUUCUGAAUCUGUUACGUGUCCCUCCUGUGGUGCUGUAUCUCUGUUUAUUGGAACUACCAGAGAUCAUUUUGAGGGGAAGAAAGUGAUCCGGCUUGAAUAUGAGGCAUACAGUCCAAUGGCAGAGUCAGAGCUCAGGAAGAUCUGCAGAGAGAUCCGGACAAAGUGGCCCAGCGUCAGACACAUUAACAUACAGCAUAGACUUGGUGUGGUUCCUAUAACAGAAGCAAGUGUUAUAAUAGGGAUCUCAUCACCGCACAGAAGUGAUUCCCUGGAGGCGGUGAAGUACUGCAUCAACACACUCAAAGCUACUGUGCCAAUCUGGAAAAAGGAAAUAUACGAGUCUGGGGAGCCGUGCUGGAAAGAGAACAAGGAGUGUUUGUGGGCGGAUACUGGGAAAGAUCCCAAAUAAAGCUGAACUGUUAACUAGCAAAUGAGCUACAGUAAAUCUCAUGAAGCAUCAAGAGGUUUUUAUUGAAAAAAUACAAAGCUCAAAGUUUUCCAGUAACACCUGAUGAAACAAAGUUUUAAAUCAAAAGAGCAUAUUCUACUCUUCUCUUGAAUAGAAAGUCUUAAAAAAGUACCAGUGCAAAAACAUUAUGUAAACAUUUAUGGAAAUCUUUGUCGUUUAUGUUGCCUUUGAUUAGACGGGUCUCAAAGAUUUCCUAAAAACAUCACAUAACGGCAUCAGUAGAAGUUCAACCCUGAAUUCAUGUAGCAGUUUACUGACAACACUUUCAUAUACAUGCAAAUAUCUUUGACAUCAUUAUACAUUUGCAGAUAACAUUAAGCUGUAUUUAAUGUUUAUAAAUGGCAAGUUAGUAAUAAGAAACAAUGCAGACAACACUUUUUAAAAAUUAACAUCUUAAUGCUUACAUCAUUUGUAAAUCACUGUAAGAUUUAAUGUUAAGUUUUUAAAGUGUUUCUUAUUACUAACUUGAUUCAUUUGUGCAAGUAGUCACAAUCAUUUAUUUUCUCAUGCAGUGUUAGUCCAUUUCCCUGAUGUGGCAGUGGCACUGCUUACUACUGGAGUUAUUUGCUCAUGUUUACAUAGUAUGGACAACAGUGGCACAGUAGAAUUUACAAAAAGCCUGCUUUCCCAGUGUAUUACUGCUUUGGGCAUAAAACAUUUGAGUUUGUGAUUUGGUAUUGCUGAAAUGGUAUAUAUAUGAUACUGUAUAAUUUGGAACAUAUGCCUGGUGUGCUUUAGAAUUUUUGGGAAAAGAGUUUAAGGAAUUUUAGUACUCCAGUAUGUAAAAUAAAUGAUCAAAUUUGUCCAAUUAA